AUGGAGUCGAAGUCUGAGACCACGGAUCUUCCGCAUAGUAAUGGGGAAGCUCCCCGUGACGGCGACAGUGAUACUGUCGAAGAUCCCAGCCCUUUCUGGGCGGCUUGUAUCACUGUUGGUGUUACUCUGAGCCUCUUUUUAUCAUUCUACAACGAACUUAAGAUGAUCAUUGAACAAGUACGGUGA